AUGCCCGGAAAGACCUAUGAAAUCCAGGUCCAUUUCUUCUCUGAGCAUGCAGGCUUCUAUGAACAGCUAUUGAUCUUUCAGUUGCAAACAUGCCAGCAGUCCUCAGAUAAGUUUGAGAUUAUGCGCCUCUUGGAAGUCAUUUGUUGGAUAUCUUCCAGUGAAGAGUCCCUCACUGCAGCCACAGACGCACAUUUUGACAGCCGAAAGCCAAAGUGUGCACCUCCGACUGGGACCCUGGAGAAGAUAACUCUGAACUGGAAGAACUACUGCCAGAGGUUCCACAUGCUGCUGCACCUGGAGGAGUUCCAGCAGAAGACAGACAUUGAGAAAUACAACAAGGAUAUGCCCAUGUUUAGACACAAAAACAACAAAAACCUUCUCAUGCUGCAGAUUGCAGGUGUAUCUAAGACCUCACCAGCAACGCUGCCUGGGAACCCAGUGAUGGUGACUCCUCUAGACCAGUUAGAAGUUAUGGGAAGAAGUCCUUACAAAGGCUGGGUCAAUGAUGUGCAUGCGGAGUGGGCCUACGUGCAAUUCAGCGAAGAGUUCCUGAGCCGUUUCCAGGAGGGUAUGAGGUUCCGUUGUACCUUCUUUAUCAACCGCAUGCCCCUGCGUACUCAGCACAGAGCAAUAGAGCUGGUGUCCAAGCAUAAACUAAACCAUGUGCUGUUUCCUACUGGACAAUAUUCAUCCCACAGUUCAUAUCUACAAAGGUCAGACUACCUCAAGCUUGAGAGCAACCCGGAGCAGCACAAGGCUGUUCAACACAUUGUAGCUGCUACUGCAAAGCCUGCCCCUUAUCUGGUGUUUGGUCCACCUGGUACAGGCAAAACAGUGACUUUGGUGGAAGCCAUCAAGCAGAUAGUGAAAACGCAACACUCAUGCCACAUCCUGGCUUGUGCUCCUUCCAACAAUGCAGCUGAUCAUCUCUGUGAGAAAAUUGUGGAAAAAACAGCAGGGUGCAAGCACAGGGUUUUUCGCUUGUACGCCCUAAGUUUUCCUGUGAGAAACAUUCCCGAAAAUAUAAAGCAUUACUGCAAUCUGAACAAGAACAAAGACGCACUCGAGAUUCCCUCCAAAGAGCAGCUGAUGGCAUAUAAGAUCCUGGUCACCACCCUGAUAACUGCAGGAAGACUAGUGACAGGAGGGAUUCCUCCAAAUCAUUACACCUAUAUCUUUGUGGAUGAGGCAGGCCAGGCAACUGAAACAGAGUGUAUCAUCCCUCUAGGAGGUUUGCUGAUACCACACAGAUGCCAGGUAGUGCUGGCUGGAGACCCUAAACAGUUAGGCCCCAUCAUCACAUCCAAAGUGGCAGAGAAACAUGGCAUGGAUGUGUCUCUGUUGGAGCGUCUGAUGAAUGACAAUGACCUUUACAAGCAACAUGAGACACAGGGGUUCAACAACCGCUUUGUGACCAAAUUGCUGAGGAACUACAGGUCCCAUCGUUCAAUUCUGAAAAUCCCCAAUAAGCUAUUCUAUAAUGGAGAACUUCAGCCUUAUGCCGAUAAAGCAGCAGUCAACACAUACCGAAAAUGGGAACACCUGCCUAAGAAAGGUUUCCCUUUGAUCUUCCAUGGAGUGGCAGGUACUGAUGAACGUGACGCCAACAGUCCCUCUGUUUACAACAUGGCAGAGGUGGAGGUGUUGAAGGAUUACUUGAAAGCCCUUCUAGAUCACUUACACAAAAAGGGCGUGACCAGAAUUGAACCAACAGAAAUUGGCAUCAUUGCUCCAUACAGAAAACAAGUGGAGAAAAUCCAGAAAGCCCUUCAGACAGACAAAGAUCUAAGCAAGGAAAACCUGGAGAACGUGUUGGUCGGAUCAGUGGAGCAGUUUCAGGGUAAAGAGUUCAACGUGAUUCUGGUGUCUUCGGUGCGCAGCAUCCCCAAAAUGACUGCACAAAAGCAACACUUCACUAUAGGCUUUGUUGACAGUGAGAAGAGGUUCAAUGUGGCAAUGACGCGAGCACGAGCCCUACUGAUUGUGAUCGGAGACCCGAGAGCCUUGAGAACUGACUAUAUCUGGAACAAGUUAAUCCAUUACUGCUUCAGAAAAGGGGGUUACCGUGGCAUCACAAUCUCUGAUUGGAAAGAAGAGGAAGAUACACAGAAUAAUGUUCAGUCAGCAAGCCUCUGUGAGGAGUGAUUCAUCAACAGCUGGACCUUGCUUACUU